UGUCAGCUGGGCCCCGCAGUCACCUCCGUGGGAAGCAGAACGGGCUGAGGAGCUCGCCUCGUCCCUGGCCGCCUGGGACGGGGUAUCCGCCUCCCUGCCGAGCCCGACCCCGCACCGGCGGCUCCGCGCACGCAGCCAGCCGCUGCCUCUCCCCAGGCGGAGCGCAGCCCGGCGCCCCCGCAGCCCCGCACCGCCGAGGGAGGGGACGGGCGGGCACUGCCGCCCCCGCCCCCGCCGCACCUCCCGGCCGCCCGCGGCGGGCAGCGGCGUUGGCGCCCGCCCCGGCUCCGCAGCGAGCGCGGGAGCGUCAGCCCGCCCGGCCCGGCUCGGCUCGGGGCCCCGGCCCAGCCCGGCGCGCAGGUUUCUGGACAAAAUGGGGAAUGGAUCAGUGAAACCCAAGCGUUUGAGGCGGACAGAUAGACAUGUAGCAAACCUCUCUAUUGGCUGUGCUGGCAACAAUAAGUUUUUGAAGGACCCAGGUCUAGGCAUCAAUGUGAUCAGUGGGCAGGCUGAUGUUCUUUACAGCAGGGUGCUUGAACUGGAAAAGGAGCUGAAGAGAAAAGAUCAAGAGUUGCAAGAGCGUCAAAGUCAUGUUGCUGAGCUUCAGGAGCACUUGGCUAUGCAGACUAAGGUGAUAGCAGAACUCACCAAGGAACUUCAGAGCAAGUGUAUACAGUUGAACAAGCUGCAGGAUGUUGUUAGCACUCAAGGAGAGCACUCUCUUCAGCCUUCUCCAUUUAAAGUGGCUUCAAGGAUUCAAGCCUCUGCUGAUAGGAGGAGAGGAGCCAAGGAAGGUGUAUCUGCAGAGCCGACAACACAGCUAUAUGAUUUGAACAGGCAAGCUACGUUUUCGUUUGAAAAAGCAAGAGUCCGAAAGGAUUCCAGUGAGAAGAAGCUUAUCACGGAUGCCCUGAAUAAAAAUCAGUUCUUGAAGAGACUGGACCCUCACCAGAUCCGGGAUAUGGUGGAAUGUAUGUAUGAAAGGACUUUCCAGCAAGGGAGCUAUGUCAUCAGACAGGGAGAGCCGGGCAAUCACAUUUUUGUGCUCAAAGAGGGCAGUCUGGAAGUCUUUCAACAGAAUAAACUACUCUCCUCAAUACCUGCCUGGACAGCAUUUGGUGAACUAGCCAUUUUAUACAACUGCACACGGACAGCCUCUGUGAAAGCGAUCACCAAUGUUAAAACAUGGGCACUGGACAGAGAAGUGUUUCAAAAUAUCAUGAGAGUGACCGCACAAACAAGACAAGAGCAAUACAGAAACUUCCUUAGAAGUGUGUCCCUGCUCAAAAACUUACCUGAAGAUAAAUUAACCAAGAUCAUGGACUGCCUGGAGGUGGAGUACUAUGACAAGGGAGAUUAUGUUAUUCGGGAAGGAGAAGAGGGAAAUACUUUCUUCAUAAUAGCAAAAGGAAAGGUGAUAGUUACCCAGAGUACUGCAGAUCACUCACAGCCUCAGCUGAUUAAAAAUCUACAAAAAGGAGAUUACUUUGGAGAAAAGGCUCUCAUUAGUGAUGAUGUCAGAUCCGCAAACGUUAUUGCAGAUGAAUACGACGUGGAGUGCCUUGUUAUAGACAGAGAGACAUUUAACCAAACUGUUGGAACUUACGAGGAGCUUCAAACUUACCUCGAAGGUUAUGUGGCUAAUCUGGCGCAGGCUGAUGAAAAGCGACAUGCAAAAGGAAGAUCCUUCUGUGGACAGUUGACCAAAGAGGUGUCUUUGGAGAUGAUAGAGCUGAAGGAGAAAGUAUCCCAGUUCCCUCCUUCCCCAUUCCAGAAUUUAGAAGUUGUCACAACUCUGGGUGUUGGUGGGUUCGGAAGGGUUGAGCUUGUUAAAGUGAAAAAUGAGAACAUGGCUUUUGCUAUGAAGUGUAUAAAGAAGAAACACGUAGUGGACACCAAACAACAAGAGCAUAUCUAUUCUGAGAAGAAGAUCCUUGAGCAGAUAUGUUCUCCAUUCAUUGUAAAACUAUAUCGCACAUUCAAAGAUAGUAAGUAUGUAUACAUGCUACUGGAGGCUUGCCUUGGAGGGGAAUUGUGGAGCUUGCUGAGAGACAGAGGCAGCUUUGAUGAAGUCACUACCAAGUUCUGUGUUGGGUGUGUGACAGAGGCUUUUGACUAUCUACAUCACAUAGGAAUUAUCUACAGAGACUUGAAGCCAGAAAAUUUAAUUUUGGAUGCUGAAGGAUAUAUAAAACUGGUUGAUUUUGGAUUUGCAAAGAAGAUUGGAUCAGGGCAGAAAACCUGGACGUUUUGUGGAACCCCUGAGUAUGUUGCUCCUGAAGUCAUUCUGAGUAAAGGUCAUGACUUCAGUGUGGAUUUUUGGUCCCUUGGGAUUCUUGUGUAUGAACUCCUUACUGGCAGCCCACCAUUCUCUGGAGCUGAUCAAAUGAUGACAUAUAAUUUGAUUCUCAAAGGCAUUGAAAAGCUGGAUUUUCCUAAAAUAAUAACAAGGCGGCCUGAGGAUUUGAUCCGCAGACUCUGCAGGCAAAACCCUACAGAAAGAUUAGGCAAUCUGAGGAAUGGAAUUAAUGACAUCAAGAAGCACAGAUGGUUGAGUGGUUUUAACUGGGAUGGUCUGAAAGUGAGGAAAUUAGCAUCACCUUUAAAAAGAGAGUUAUCUGGACCAACUGAUUACAGCUACUUUGACAGCUAUCCACCUGAAGAGGGAACCCCUCCAGAUGAACUUUCAGGCUGGGACAAGGAUUUCUGAUACUUUUUUCUUCCAGGACAUUCAUAGAGACUCAUAGGCAUCAAUCCUAAACCUGCUCUCUUUUCCUGCUUAAAAUCAAAUUACGCAAGGUUUGUGACAAACACAGUGUUCCUUAAAGGACAGAAGACAGUACAGCAACCAGAACUUGUUUGGAUAAUGCACCAAGAUGUGUGCAUCUCUAUUACAAGAGCAUGCAUUCCAUCAGCAGAUGUAACCUGAAGGGGUUUUGAUAAUGUCUCUACGAACAUUUUCAGACACUAGGGAUCAGAUGUAUGGUCUUGCUGUUGGAAACAUCACUAGCUAGUAUUUUGAUAUUAAUAAGGUUGCCAUGUUUUUAUUUUGAACAGAGAGGAUGAGUAUUGAAGACCCAAUAACUCAGUGAUAUUUGUCAACAGCUGACACUAUAGGCAUUUAUUUUCCAUUUUAUCUUCAGUCCGCUGUGUGUUUCACUUUUUCUCAUAAUAGCCAGUAUUACCUUGAUCUAGAAGCGUGUACAAAAGAGACUUUUACUGAAAGGUUGAUUUGAUCUGAUGCUGCAGGAAACAGGGUAUCACUGUGGAAGCUGCCUCUCUGUCAGUCUAGUUUUGCACAGGUUGAAUAUGUGGAACAGGGUAUAACAGGUCAAAUGAAAAUCCAGUAAGAAACAAUGUAUAUACAUCAUACAAGUUGCCUGGAGAAGCAGACUGUGGUAUGUAUUUGCUGUACUGCUUCAAAGCGUCAUGUCCUUUUCUUAAAAUAUUUUGCUUUUACAUAGUGGAAAGAUAAAAUAGAUGGAUAAAAAAAGAGGACAAAAAGCAUUUACCUUGCAGGAAAAAAAAAUGUAAGUACAGAAUCAUAUUUUUUGCUUUAAGUAUAUUUUCAGAUUGCUUUCAUUGGUAUUUUACUGAAAGGCUGCAUCUGUUCACAUCAGUGCUAAAACUCCCACCCAUUGCAAUGUUCCAGGUGGUAUCACUAGAUAUGAACUUACCAGUUCAAAUCGUAUUUCAUCAGAUACCUUGUUGAUAUACACGAGUUCUGCUUAUAUAGGAGGGGAGAAUAAGAGAGCAAAAACGUGAUUUUUUUUUUUUUCUUGUUGAACUAAUUCAUUCUAUUAAUGAAUCAGUUUAAAUAUUCUGUUUUCUUUUGACCACCUUCCCUUCUCUCUAAAGGCUACUAAUGAGGUUUAGUAAGGCAAGAAAUUCCAAGCUCCUGUCAAAAAAACCCAUAAAAAUAUAAUUGUGAUUUGUAGCCCAAUUUUUUAAGCUCUGUCUUCACCUACUUUGGUACAAGUAAGCAAAUUGCUAACAAGAACCGUCAAACAGCCUGAGCGAGGGAGUCCAGCAAGCAGCUAAGAUAAGAGGCUGGAGCACGUGCCCCGUGAGGGACGGCUGAGACCUGAGCUUGUUCAGCCUGGAGCAGGGCAGGCUUUGUGGGGCCCUUAGAGCAGCCUCCCAGUGCCUACAGGGAGGUCACUGGGGAGACAGAGACGGGCCCUUUAUGGAGCUGCACAGGAAACAGGGAUCAUAAACUGGAACAGGAGAGGUGCUGACUUGACAAGAGGAAGGCAAGUGUUUCCCCAGUAAAGCAGGAUCCCAGACAGGUUCUGCAAUUUCCUUCUCUGCAGGUUUUCAAGACAGGACCAGACAGAGCCUUGAGCAACCAAAUCUGAAUUCAGUGUUGGCCCUGCUUUGAGCAGGUUGGACUAGAGACCUCCCAAGGCCCACCCCAGUCUGAGUGAUUCUGUGAUUCUAGGAAUUGGUUUUCUGUCAACUGUUUUGUAUAAUCAGAAUACAGCACAAUGCAUGUUCCCGUAUGAGUUUAUAUAUGCCUGGGCUUUGCCACUUAACCUUUAAAGUGUUAGAACAGGGGAAUUAGUUUGAAAUGUUGAUUGGAUAAGUGCAGUUGAAUGUUGUACCUUCAUGGUUUAUACAGAAACAUUCUGUUGAUCUGUUAUGAACCACAACUACUGUAGAAACAAGGAUGUUCCUGGGUGUCAUGCUGGGCUUAUGGGUUCGAUGCAUCUGCAACCCCUGCUAGGACUUGUUUCAGCUCCCGCUGAGGCAAAAUCCAAUCAAAAUUUUUAUAUUGAAGCUGCCACAGCACACUGCAUGUCACAUGCUGGAUGGAAAACCUCCCAGGCAACUUGUGAUGUGUGCUCAGGGUUUAGUUACCCACAACUGCUGGUUAGAAUUCCUAGCUGCUGGUCAUGGCUUAUCCAAAAGUUCCAUGGUUACAAUUAUUUUUUACUGCUGGGUAGGCAUUGCUUUGACAGCAAAUCAAUUUAAAUAUUUUAUAUAGCAUUCAGUCCAAAUAAAGGCAGUAGAGUAUUUUCCAUUUAAUUGAAUGAAGAUUAGAUUGAGCCCUUGGAGGAAGACACUAAAUGUUUAACGGGUUUUGUUUCCCUGCUUGGUUGUAAACUACUGUAGAAACUGGCAGCCAGCAAAGCCUGUGCCAAACAGUGGUAAGCACACACAGCCAGAGAGCGUGGGGGAGAGGCUGUAAGCUGGGACUGUAGAUGCUUUAGACACUUGUGACUAACUGUUUAGCAAUACCAAAGACCAGAUUUUCUUUUCAGGAUUUAGACAAGCACUAGGUAUUAGAUAUGUGUGUCUUUGUCUUUCUCUCAUAAAUAUUUUUAUUACAGUCAAAAUAAUAUUGCAGCAAGUUUUAUAAAAAGCUUUUGAAUGUAUUUUUCCAUUGUAUUUAUAGGUAGUUUUCUUCUAUACAUAUAUAAAUAUAAAUUAUAUAUAUAUAUGAUUUUUAAGUGAGGAAAUCGCCAUAUGGUAAGUUUGGUGCAGUUAGCAUUGUCUGUGCAACUGUAGAAUGUUUUCUUUAUAAAGCUUGUUUAACUUGCAGUGUGUGCAAAUAAAGUAAGCUUACAGUGCAAUGGGCAGGACAUAAUUUUUUUACAAUCACGUUCCAUGCAGCAGUCCAGAUUCUUAGCCCUGAAUUAAACU